GAAAAUGAAGGGGAUUGAAUUCCAAGUGGUACAGGAAAGACCUCCAGCACUGUGGGUUAUUCGAAAGCAAAAGCGUCUUAGUGAAUGGGAAGUUAACCUAGUCUCAACAUAUUAUAUCUUGAAUUAUAAUAUUUAUCAAGCACCAAGUUUAUAUUCAAUUAUCGGAAAUCGUGUCUUGACAAGCCUUUAUCAAUUACAUAUGGCCUUUAAUAAAGCGUAUCAGCAAGUCGAAUUUCACCCUGCAACCGGAUAUACAUGGAAAGUCGGAGAUUCUCAGUUGGGAACAUCAAGUAGUAAAAAGUCUCGAAUAGCCCAACAAGAUCCUGCUGAAUUAUUGGAAUUUCGUAAUGGAGUAGAGAGUGCAUUUAAAUCUACUACAAUUAAAAUGACACAACAAUUAAAUCAAGUUUUCGCGCAAUCCCAAGAGAAAAUACAAGAGCUGACAACUGGAAGUCAAAGUGAUAUAACUAUUUCCGAUGCAACUCCGGAUCAAUCACUCGCACAGCCUUCAAGCCCCAACCAAUCAAACGCGGAUAAUAUUGCUAAAAGACGUAAAAAGAGUGAAGAUAUUGGAAAAAAGAAAAAGAAGA